AUGAAUAAAAAAAAUAAGUAUAUUUUAUUUUUAGUAUUGUUAUUUCUUCAAAUUGUGUUGAUCGAUAGUGUAGAAAUAUAUAUUACAUUGAAUUCUAAAAAAUUAAAAUGUAUAAAAGAAAGAAUUAGUAAAGAUACAUUAGUUGUAGGAAAGAUCAGAACAGACAACGAAAAAUCCUUAGUUUCACUUUUUAUAUAUGAUAUUGACAUAAGUGAAAGAAAUUUUAAUUAUCAAUCUAAGUUACCGAUUUUUGAAUCCCAAAAUGAACAUGAAAUAAAAACAGCAUUCACAACUUUUUUUUCUACUUCUUAUUCUUUUUGUGUAUAUAAUUCAUCAGAUAAAAGUACAAAUGUUUAUUUUGAAGUUAAAUAUGGAACCGAGGCAAGAGAUUAUACGAGAAUAGCGAAAACGGAGCAUUUGAAUGAGGCUUCAUUAUUUUUAAAACAAAUAAUUGAUGAAAUGAAUAACUUUCACAUAAAUCUUAAAAGAAUCAAAGAGAUGGAAGAAAAAGAAAAGUUAGCAAGUGAUAAGUUAAAUGACACUUUAAUGUGGUUUUCAAUUAUCAACAUAAUUAUAAUUAUAAUUGCGGCAAUUAUACAAGAUUUCUAUUUUAAAAAAUUUUUUACUUCAAAAAAAAUUAUUUAA